AUGAGCUCGCCUGGCGGUCGCCGGAAAUUCCAAGAGAUGCAGCAGCGGAGGCUUACGACUCGCACGAAUCUGAGUCCGAGCAAGAGCAGGGCCAGCCAGUUGUUGGACAACACGGAUUAUGGUGCCGAUGAGGACGAUGACGAGGAGACGUUGCAACUGAAACUUGCAGCUAUCGAGGCCCGCUUGAAGCUGAAGAAAUUACAGCACCAGAACGAAUUAAGAUCGAAACCUCCAAGCUCUGGGACAGACAGUAGUCACGUUCGGGGAGAAUCGAGAGACUCCAACACCAGCAUACAUUCUUUGGUUAAGUCAGGAGUCAGCGGCAAUCAAGAUGGUGUUCAGGUGCCAUUGUCGCCUCUACGGAAAGCGGCGACUCCCAGGGAUCCAAUAUCUCCAAGGCGGGUCGCCUGGGGUAUCGACAAGGGCCUAAAAGGGGACCAAGUCUCCCUCAAACGGCCUCCACUAUCCAGAGAGUCCUCGCGACCCGGAAGCUCCUCUAGUUUUACAAGACAGCAUACGCGAGGAACGAAUCACUCUGCGCUGGUGUCGCAGAGUUUCCCAACCUUUGAAACCCCCAAAAUCAAAAGCUUUAGUGAAAGGCUUCGUGAAAGCAAGGCAAUAACAAAAGCCAAAUGGGACAGAGUUCAAAAUGUAGCGCGAAAUCGACGAGCCGGGUUUGACGUGAACAAGAAAGAGCUAGAACAUUUCAAGGUGGCUGCAGAGAAACAGAAUCCAGCCAACACCAGUCUUGCAGUUGGGAAACCUCCUGUCCCAGAGUUCAGCCGUGCUGACAUUAUGCAGUCGUAUGAUAGGCCGCGCUCGCCCCUGCGUCGGAAUAAUACUGUGUCUGUAGUCACAGAUUCAAGACCCUCAUCAAGAGACACGACGUCUCUGGAGCGCAGUAACUCUACCUCACGAAGCAACCGUACCGAAAAUGAUGUUCAUAGACAUGGGAUAAAAGCUCCUGAUCCUUCGAAGUUUGAGCCAUUUUCCGGUCUUCACCUCUCAAGUCGAAUCUUACCACACUCAUACAUUACACGCAAAACAGAAUCAAUGAAAAGGCUGUGCAUACCUGACUUGCUCAAAACAGUGAAAGCUCCUGACUUUGACCUCCCUGAUACUGAUGGCGAUUAUGUUGUAUUUGGUGUCAUUGCGUCAAAAUCAACGCCCAGGGAGCAUAAAGAGAAGAAGCCGGGGCUUGAAAACAAGAAGGACCCCUACGAUGAUGGCCUUAACAAUCAAAGUAAAUACAUGGUCCUCACCUUAACUGACCUCAAAUGGAGUCUUGAUCUCUUCUUAUUUUCUACUGCAUUUCCGAAAUACUACAAAAUGUCACCGGGAACACUGAUUGCCAUUUUGAAUCCUUGCAUCAUGCCCCCGCCACCUGAUAAAAUCAAUACAAACCGCUUCAGUCUUACUAUAUCAUCUUCCGAUGAUACAAUUCUAGAGAUUGGAACUGCUCAGGACAUUGGUUUUUGCAAGGCAGUAAAGAAAGAUGGCAAAACCUGUGAUGCCUGGGUUGACGGCCGCAAAACCGAAUUUUGCGACUUUCAUGUCGACAUUCAGCUGCAAAAAACAACUUCAAAAAGAAUGGAAGUUAACAGUGGCCCGGGGUUCGGUCGAGACCCUCGGCGGGGGAGGUUUGGUAGCCGUGUGGGCCGAGGUCAUGAAAGAUCAGAAAAAGGCCUUAAGAGCGAAGGUGCUGUCUAUGAUCGGACCUCUGGAUCAAUGUACUACGUUGCACCUCCAGUUCCAGGACAUGCGGGAUCGAGUGCUUUAGGUCUGCGCUCUGCUGCAAGUCUGAUAGAUGCCGAUAACCCUUUUGUUAAUGGCGGAGAUUCCUUUCAUCGCCGUGGGGAAAGUGAGAGUGAUAGGUUUCGAAAACGACUUGCAGAUCGAGAAAAAGAACGCAAUAUUGCUAAAAGACUCGGCGAGUUCAAAAGCGUCGGCUCCGAGUACAUGCGUGCUCAGCAAUCUGAACAGUCGUGCAGUGACUCACAGCCGGCAUCUUCUGGAACUUCAUCACAAUAUCGCACAGGUGACGACCUACUGUCAGCAAGGGCAGCAUUAGGCUUAGACAAAAACCCCAAAAGUGCAAGCAACGUUAAGCUGGGAAGAAUAAAGAAACGGGAUUUUGCGAGCAGCAAUGGUGUAACAAGUACCAAUGUGCGGCUGUCUCCAGUGAAGAAGACGAGAUUUAUAACCGCAAAAGGGAUUCGUGAAGCCGGUAGAGACAGCUUGGAAACAAGCCAAGACGCAUAUUCGGACGAUGAUCUGGAUAUUGUACAGUAA